UCUUGUCGGAAAACGAGUGUGGGAGAUGAUAUCGCGCCAUCGAAGUUGUUCUUAAGGUGUCUGUGAAACUGUCCUGGAAAUUAGAUAGGCGUUAGUAGGAGUGGAUUUUACGCAUGAAGAUGUAACCCAAGUGGUGUGUAAGAGUGUUGAUUGUAGGCGCAGUAAAAUGCCAGGUGUGCAGCAGCAGCAGAGUGAUGGAGCUGCAGUGGGUGUGGGGAGUCCACUGAGGAAAAAGCGCCUGUCUCUAAAGUUCCUGCAGAGGAAAGAAACCAAGCGCGCCCUCGACUUCACAGAGCCUCAGGCUGAGGAAGUCAACACUGCAGUACCAGCAGCGACCACAAGCUGUGAUCAGGUUGUGCCAGCGCCUUGUCCCUCAUCUCUUCCCUGUGGAAAACGAGAGAGCCUCGUACCUUUUGUUGGCCUUAACAAUCUGGGAAACACCUGCUACCUUAACAGCAUCCUUCAGGUCCUGUAUUAUUGCCCUGGUUUUAAAGACGCUGUUAAGUCGUUGUAUCAGUUGUCCAAGGUAAAGGACAAACAGAAAGAAGAUGGCGCCAAAAGUGAAGAGGGAGACUCAUGUGAAGACUCGAUGCCUGUUCAUAUGGAAUUACUGCACAGCUUCCACAGUUUAAUAUGUUCAGUGGAGCAGCUGCAGUCCAGUUUCUUGUUCAACCCAGACAAAUAUAACGAAGGAGAGCUGGCCACACCCCCACGCCGAAUACUCAAUACGCUCAGACAGCUGAAUCCUAUGUAUGAGGGCUAUCUGCAGCAUGAUGCCCAGGAGGUACUGCAGUGUAUCCUCGGAUAUAUCCAGGAGGCCUGCGACACCAUUAAGAAAGACCUUCGAACUACCCAAGAUGAAAAACCAGGAGAAACUGAGCGCAUCACAAGAGGUGGGACAACAGAUGGGACAUCACUUACCCAAGAGGAAGAGGAGAGCUCUGAUGGACAGCUGAGUGGGAAAAGGAAGAGCGACACAGAAGUGGGCAAUGCCAAGAAGAAGCCCAAGUCUCAGAGCAAACCUACGAAAAACGAUGAGGAAAUCGGACCUUUCACCCGGUCAAAGAGAAAGUCCUCUGGUGAUGUGGCUGGAAAUUCUGUCCGUGGCCAGAGGGAUGUGGCAGAAAAGGAAGAGAAAGAGAGAGGAAGUAAUACAGAAGAGGAGAAGAGUGAAGGAACCAUAAAGGAGGCGAGUAAAAGGAAGAAGAGGGCAAGACUGAACUGGCUGAAACCUUCAGGGAAACAGCCCAGUAUUUUCUCCAAAUUCCGCAGCAUGGGUCGAAUCAGCUCUCAUGUGGGAGACAAAGCAGAGAGCAAGGACCAGGACAUGAGCAGCAGUGACCCUCAGGGCCAGGGGAAAGCCACUCCUGAAAGUACCAUCCAAAAUCAAACUGCAGCAAAGACAGAAGCAGAAGUCCAGGGCUUGGAUAUGUUGAAGCAGCUGUUCCAGGGUCAGCUGGUGCUGAGGACACGCUGCCUGGAGUGCGAGUGCUACACUGAGAGGAGAGAGGACUUCCAGGAUAUUAGUGUACCAGUGCAAGAGAAUGAGACCAGCUGCUCAGAGGCCAGUUCAGAGAUUUCCCCAGAUCCUAAGCCAGAACAGAAAACUCUGAAGUGGGCCAUCUCUCAGUUUGCAUCAGUGGAGCGGAUUGUUGGCCAGGAUAAAUAUUUCUGCGAGACGUGUCACCACUACACCGAGGCGGAGAGGAGUCUUCUCUUCGAUAAGACCCCUGAUGUUGUCACCAUUCACCUCAAGUGUUUUGCAGCCAGUGGCUCCGAGGUGGACCCAUAUGCUGGACUGUCAAAAGUGAACACGCCUCUCCUCACUCCCCUCAAACUUUCCUUGGACGAAUGGAGCACACAACCCAACACUUCCCACCAGGAGCAACAUUACAGGCUCUUCGCUGUGGUCAUGCACAGUGGAGUGACCAUCAGCAGCGGUCAUUACACCACCUACAUCCGCAUGAUGGACCUCCACCGCACCAAGCUCGAGCUCCAGUCUCCGGAAGAGAGUCCGCGAGAGAAAGACGGAGAGAUGAAACCGCUGAAGGAAGAGGGUUCUCCACCUGACUAUGAUGACGGCGAGGUGUCCUUCAGCUUAAGCUCCAAAGUGAAGAACACGACUACUGGAACGAGUUUGACAAGCAAAGCCGGAGGAAAGCGGUCUACAGAAGGGGUCAGUCUACUGGGAGGCCAGAGAAGCAUCUCAAGCUACGAGAUCAGCACCAGCAAGCAGGCAGCUUCAGAGAAACCUGCUAAUAUGGCUGCUUAUACCGGUUCUCCUGCACAGAACGGAGUGGUGAAGAAGGAAAGGGAUGAACGAGAUGGUGUGAAAGAAGAGAGUCAGGUGAGCUUGGACAUGGCUUCACAGAACCUUCUGGACUAUGAAGGGAAGUGGAUGCUUUUUGAUGACUCGGAAGUGAGGCUGUUCGAGGAAGAAGAGUUCGUACGUGCGUGUUCUCCUCGGACCUGUUCCGCCUCCACACCUUACCUCCUGUUCUACAAGAAAGUCUCAGGAGAAAUGAACUGAAUUGUCGUGGUUGCAGUAGAAACAAGGUUAAAGGAGUACGCCACCCCCAGGUGAAAUUGAGUCAGUCCCUAGAGUUGGAUGAGUGAGCCAAAGCGUUUUGUAGCCGACCCA